UAACUCGCGUAAUACUAGCAGCGCUCCUGCGGCCGCGGUUUGUUUCUCAUCGGAGCAGAAUUAGGCGCGGGACCUCUUGACGUCACUUCCUGUUGCCGGUUCUGCAGUGAUUAAUACAGAUCAUCAUCAUCAUCAUCGUCUGAUGAAGACUCAGGAGGUGUCGGAGGAUGCUGUGGGCAGACGGGUGAGCUGUGAUGGAGAAAGAGGAACUGUCCGUUACGUGGGUCCGGUUCCUCCCACCGCAGGUGUGUGGUUGGGCGUGGAGUGGGACGAUCCAGAGAGAGGAAAACACGACGGGAGUCAUGAAGGAGAGCGAUAUUUCACCUGCAGACACCCGACGGGCGGCUCGUUCGUUCGGCCCAAGAAGGCCAGUUUCGGUGUGGAUUACGUGACGGCUCUAAAGCAGCGCUACGAGGUGAAACUACAAGAGGUUAUCGGAGAAGAGCUGACGAUCUCCAGCAAAACCGUGAUGAUGGUCGGAUUUGAGGACGUCAAGCAGAAACAGAGGCUGGAGAACCUGACAGAAAUCGGUCUGAGGAGAUGCGAGGUGUCUGGUCCAGGCCCGGAGAAUGAGAUCAGAAACACCACACCAUUGGCUCAGUCUCUGGAUCUUUCUGGAAACCUGCUGAGCUCGUGGGAGGUGCUGGCGGCGAUCACCGAGCAGCUGGAGUCUCUGCAGGAGCUGCAGCUCAGUCACAACAGGUUGAGUAUCUCCAGUGAGCCGAGCCGUUUAAGCCCCGCCUUCUCUCGUCUGAGGGUGCUGUCACUCAACAGCUGCGCACUCACCUGGACUCAGGUUCUCCACUGCGCCCCCAUGUGGCAGAAGUUAGAGGAACUUUAUCUCGCUGACAACGACAUCACAGAAUUACAGAGACCAGAACGUGUGCUACAGACUUUAAAAGUGCUGGAUUUAUCCAAUAACCACAUAGUCCAGGAGACGGUGCUGGAAAUCUCACAUUUACCCUGUUUGGAGAAGCUGAAUCUGUCCAGCACCGGUUUAUCCGUCAUUCAGUUCAGUGAUGCUUCACCAGGUAACAAGACGGCUUUGUUUCCUGCGCUGAAGACACUUUUACUAGACGACAACAACAUUUCAGAGUGGCGUGUGGUGAACGAGCUGGAGAAGCUGCCGUCUCUGCUUCAUCUGUCCUGUCGGAGAAACCCGCUGCAGCAGAGAGAGAAGAACCUGGAGACCGCGAGACAGAUCAUCAUCGCCCGACUGAGCCGGCUGGAGCUGCUCGACAUGAGACAGGUUUUGUCGGAUGAGAGGAAGGGUGCGGAGCUGGAUUACUGUAAGAUGUUUGGAUUGGCGUGGCUGAAGGCUGGAGGUCACCGCGAGCCGGAGAAGAACGUCCCGAACACAGAGUUCACGAGCGAACACCCGCGAUUCCUCGCGCUCAUCCAGAAGUACGGCGCUCCAGAGGAGGGCGAGCUGAAAGAACAGAUACCAUUUGCUCUAAAAAAUCAAUUAUUAACCGUAACGUUCGUUUGUCCGGAGGAUUCGGAGAGGAAGCCCAUAGAGAAGAAGCUGCCAGGCUCGAUGAUUGUUCAGAAGGUGAAGGGGCUUUUACAUCGGCUGCUCAAAUUACCAGGAGUGGAGUUAAAGCUGUCCUACACCUGCUCGCAGAUGGCCGGCAGAGAGAUUGAGAUCGAUAACGAUCUGAAGCCGCUGGAGUUUUACUCGGUGGAAGAAGGCGACAGAAUUCUGGUGCGCUGGUCCUGAUGAAACCGCAGGGAAUUGUGGGACAUUUGAGCCUUACUGACUGACCGUCACUCGGAUCAGAGCGAGUCCAUCAGCUUCUGCACUGACCACUGAAAUUAUUCCUUCAGAAAACAAAGCAUUGCCAAAAAGCAUGAACUAUUUAUUUUAGUAUUUCGUUUGGAUCCUUCAGUGUCUGUGCGAAUCAUUACAGUCUCUCACCACCAGAUGGCGCUUCAUUUCGCUGCACCACACGUACCUGGAGCAAAUAUUCCAGAAAGACACUUUAUAAGAUCAUGUGAAUCUCAUAAAGAAAUGUACAGGUCACAUUUCACCCCAGUAACAAUGUUUGUUUUUCACAUUCAAAAUAAAAUAAAAUUCAGUACAGCGUACGGCAAAACUGUACUUUCAUGUGACGUUUAAAUUAUAAAGUACACUUGUGAAACUGUUCAUUUCCAUGUUACAGGAGGCAACUGAAAAUUGCUUAAAUGUGCUUAAUUGUCAUUUAAAAAAUGUUAAAAAUAAUAAUAGUAGGCAUUGCAAUUUUUUUUUUUUAUUAUUUUGAUUUUUGGUAAAAUGACCAGGAUUUUCUUGACAUGAUUCAUGAAAUUUAACUACAUAUUAAACAUAGUAAUUAUGUUUGCAAAUCUGUGGGGUCUGAAUCAUUUAUAUAAAAGUACUCAUUUACCAAACCGUGUUUUGUUAAAUCACUGUUGUAAGCCUAUGUUAAUUACUUAUUUUAGAGCUGUCCAGAUGGAUUUAAACUUUAUAUUUUAUUAAAUAGUUUUAUUAAAACUUUAUACUUAGUUUUUCCUUGCACAAAAAAAAAAAAAAAAGUUUCACCCAUCACUAGACGUGCUUUUUAAAAUCAUUACAAGUGAUGUCGAAAUUCGAAAAUAAAUGGCUCUUUUGAACUAAUUAUUGCUAGUGAAUCGCUUGAAAUCAACGAUCAAAGUCACGAGUUUGAAUUUGAAUCAAUCGGAGCGGUUCCAGCGUAAAUGACUCACUCAAUUUGAGUUUGUAGCUUAAUUCACUAUAUUUGAAAUAGUUUGAGCUGCAGUUCAGUUGCUGAUAGUUCAAUAGGAAUCAGUUGAAAGCAUCCGGUCACUUCAUUGUGAAUGUUAAAUUUAUCAGUAGCCUGUAU